AGAGCUUUUUUAAUUAAAUGGCGGGGGUGCCGAUUGCGCUUGCGUGAAUUGUAUGCCGCCUUUCUGCCGGUCGUGAUUAUUGAGAAUACGUGAUAACUGUAGCGUCUCUUUAUAUUUUGUGAUUUUAUUACCUGUGCCACCUAGUUUUUGGACCGCCGUGAAAUUUGAAGAUGGUUGCACCUAAGAGGGGUCGUGGUGGUCGCGGAGGCGCGGCCGCGAAGGCCAAGGCCGCCGCCGCCGCCGCCGUGGAGGAGCCCGCGCCCGAGGAGGUGCCGGAGACCAUGGAGGCCUCCGAGGACAACAAUGGGGACGCAGCCGCAGCCGAACAGGAGGCAGAAGACAAUGCUGCCGACCAGUCCACUGAAGAACAGCCCGCUGACGGUGAACAGGACGCAGCCGACACUGAACCCAAGCCCGAGGACAAGAAAGAGGAGAAAGUGGAAUCUGGUAAACUCCUUGUUGAGAAUCUGCCGGCAAGCUAUCUCUUUGACUACCAGGAGAAGCUUAAAGAGCUCUUCUCAAAACAUGGAGAAGUUACCGCUGUCAAACGUGGUCCAAUCAUUGUUACUGAACAGACCACAACUCCGACAUUAUCGGCCAUAGUCGAAUUCAAAAACAAAGAGUCACUGGAAAAGGCACUCACGGAGGAAGGCACGACGCUGGAGGGGCGACGCAUCACCGUGGCGGUCGAAUGCCGCGCCGACACCGCGGUGCUGGUGGGCGUGCCCUACGAGGCCGGCACGCAGUACGUGAGCCAGCUGUUCGCGCAGUGCGGGGAGAUCGCGCAGGUGCACGAGUUCAGCAAGACUAAGUACAAGAUCUUGCGGGUGACAUUCCAAGACAAGGAGUCGGUGGAGAAGGCUCUGCGGCUGGACCGCGAGCUGCGCAUCAACGGCUUCCUCGUCACCGUCAGCAAGUACCGCGACGACGAUGAACAGAAGCAGAUGGCUAAUGCCAACAAGAACAAGCGGCAGCACCCGCAGCAGCAGAACAACCGCAACAACAACUCGCUGAACAACUCGGUCGGGGGCGCCAACAGCGCGCCACCCGCGCCCCGCAACAACAACUUCCGCGGCGGCCGCGGCGGCGUCUUCAACGCACGGGGCAACUUCAGAGGUAACGCCUACUUAGGCGGUCGCGGGCGCGGCGGCGGCGGGUUCCCGGCGCGCGGGGGCGGCUUCCCGCGCGGGGGCUUCGCCGGCGGCAUCAACAACUACAUGCCCCCCGCCUACAUGCCACGACCGCAGGGUGGCUUCAUGAACGACGGGCAGCGGCCGAACAAGCGGCUGAGGCAGAUGUAACCUUACUACUAAGUUUUAAGAGCGAAAUUCGUGCGUCGUGUCCUAUGUUCGUGUGUGUUGUGAGUGUGCCGCGUCGCUAAAGACUACAUUGACAAGCGCCCCGCUGUCUCUGAGCAGUUCUAGUUCUGGCUUCCAGUGUCUACCGCCAUUUUAAACUUUAUUGACGUAAGCAUAGGGUAAUAUUCAGAGUAGUAUUUUUCUUGACCUAUAUUGCCUUCUGUGCGGACGGCCGGUGCGUUCAGUUGAUCACUUCGACAUUUUUAACAGUUAUAGAAUAAGAUGAAUAUAUUAUUCGGUAUACAAUUAUUACAUUAUAUAGUGCAUGUAGUUUUUAAUCAAUAGUUGAGAUUUUUACUGAGACUAGCGCAUCCCCGUAUUCUUGUUAGUUAAAUCAAUGUUAAAUCGAUGUUCACAUAUUUUUAUGUGGUAUUUUAGUGUAAUACAGUAAGUAUAGACACUGGAAGCGUGCGAUGGCGUCGAGCCAACGAUAUCCUAGUGACUAAAGGAGAGUUAAAAAUUAUUAUAAGGCCUAGUGUGUCGUUGGCGGGCGCGAUCCUAAUGAAUUUUCCAGUCAUUUUUGACGCGUCUUGUGCAAUUAACUAGAACUCUCUCGGAGACGGUGGCGUUCAACCCUAAAUAUAGUUAUUUGUAUUUACUAAGUACAUAAUUAAUUAAAUGAAUUGUAAGUUAUUAUCUUUUGACGGGUAAUAAACGUGAUCACUAACUAAA